GUGGAAGGAAGGAGUGGACUAAGGCGUGGAAGACAGCGAGAAAUCGAAACUGACUGAGCUCUGGAUUGUGUGGAGUGAAACUGACCAGUUCCUGGACGGGGAGGACUGGGUACCGCUGGGCAGCAACACAGACUGAAGGCUCCAAACUAAUGGAAAGACAAGCACUGCUCAGUGCCACUGGACCCCAGGACAGCUAUGGAUCCACACCACCCCAGCCUGAUCCAGCAGCUUCAGCUUUCCCCGAAAUCUCGCCGGGUGAGGAAUGGGCAUCAGCACCUCCCGUUGAUAUGCUGGACGAUGUGGCUGGAUAUGAAGGAACUAUAUCAGGUGGCGAGGGAAGCUACAUUCUCCCACCUAGUUCUAUAGCAGAAGGAGCACGGAGAGAUGAACCUCAUCCACAGACAGCGUGGAGUAUUCCCAAUAUCACUGAAGACGUAGCUAGAGAAGCAUUCAUUGAGUUUGCAUCCAGCAAAUGUUGCUACAGCACCAGCCCUGCCAAAGAGAUGAUCUUUCGGGAUUUAAGACCAUACAAUACCUACAGAUAUCGCCUAGAAAGCUUCACCGAGUCCAGAUCAACUGAGUGGAAGAUGGUGCCUUAUAGUGGGCAGUUUGUGGACAGCAAUGCAUAUGGAAUGCCUCCCCUCCCCUGGGAUAUAAUAGUGGAGAAGCCUCCAAUGUUUCAGGACCAUAAGGAGAAAAUCCCAGUGCCACACACUUCAUCCAUAAAGGGGUGUCACGUAUGUAUGACGUUGGGAAAAGUAGCAUGCAACAAAUGCACUGCAACUGGGCAGGUUAAGUGUUGGGUGUGUAAAGGCCGAGGAUCCCACCUUAGCAAUGAUAUGUGCACCCACUGUAAUGGCUUUGGACUUGAAAGAUGUACUCAUUGCUCUGGCAAUGGGACAAGAUUGUGCCAAAUGUGCAAAGCAAGUGGACAACUAAUGGUGUUCAUCCAGCUGACAGUCAAGUGGAAAAAUAACAUCUUCGAAAAAAUUGCUGAUCAACAAAGUGGACUUCCUUUGGACCUUUAUAACAAAAUGGCAGGCCAGAACAUCUUCACUGAUCAACAAUACAUGGUCUAUCCUAUAGUGGGAUUUCCAGAGAAUCAGAUUAAUCAUGCCUCCCAGCUAGCCAUCCAAAAACAUCAGAACGAGCUGAUGAGAACCUCCCACAUAAUCCAACAGCGUCAGACGAUUGAGUUCAUUCCAAUUACUCAAGUGUUCUACGAAUGGAAAGGAAUAGAAUACAACUAUUUCACAUGCGGUACGGAAAAUAAAGUGUAUGCCCCAGACUAUCCUGCAAAGUGCUGCUGCUGCAGCAUUCUGUAACCAUACCAAGUCAAAACUGCUGCUCCUACCUACAGAAUGUCCACACAACAGCCAAGAUGCAGCAGCUCACUACCAGCUGCUUAAAACCCAGCUCUUAUUCAGCAAGUUGUUGGUGAGUUAAUUCUGCCAAACCUAUGCCAGUUUCUCCAAUCAGUAGUUGAUCAUCACUCUAAUAACUAAGACAAUGGACCAGUCUCCGAGUCUCUCCAUGGUUUACUGGUGGAUUACCCCAUCCAAUGAGUCCUUGAUUGGGCUGGCUCCUGUUCAGACGGUGAUGUCUACCGUAAUAGGAAUGGGUACUACAGUUACAGUUAAGGAGUGUGACAGAAUUACUAAAGUUCCAGCAGUGACCCAGUGACCUUUGGGAGUGCAGAUGUAUUGUGGAAUGUUUGGUCAGGCUUGGCUGUAUUGGCCCCACUCAGGUAAAAGGACUGGCAGCAUCUAUGCUCAUUGUUUCUGAAUGGGGAUAUCUCUCCAGUAACUACUCGCUCCCAUUAUAGAAUCGGGUUCAUUUUAUAAAACUUAAGCUUCCAAUCUGCGAUCUCUGUUCUGCUUAAACACUAACUCUGUCUGUUGAGACUUUGCAAUGGAAACCUUGCGUUAGUUGUAUGUCAGUUGCAUGCAAGUAGAAAUUAGUAAUUGGGGUUUCACUCGAGCAUAUAAAAUACCACUGGUGAGUUAGGAGGUGUAUGUUUGCAAUGUUUCAUUCUGUAAAUAAAAGCAAGACCGUGUAGAUUGGCUGAAAUAUCCUUCUCAUGUUCUCCUUUCUGGUGUAGACCACCUUGCAUUAUAAGAUAACCUUUUGUAAGUCACUGUGGAAAGAUAAUUAGUCCUCAGGAGGUCUGAACCCAGAAUAAAGGUUGUGUGGCACAUAAUAUCACUGUGGGCCUGUGCUGUGAUGAAAGCAACAAGAUGAGAUUGAGCAACUGCAUUGCUGACUGGUAUCUCAUAAACAUAGAGGCUCUGCAUUUGUGCAGAUAUCCUGAGGGAAAGGAGAUAUUCCAGAGAACAUCACAAAUAAGCCUAAAGGUAAUUCUCUGCCAAAGAGAGCAAAUGGGCUGUUAUUUCUGUGGUGAGGACAGACAGGCACUGCGAGCAACUGCAACACAAAAGGGACAUUUGUGUUUAUGAAGGGAACAGGAUAACUACAGAGUAUACUUUUGUGCAUUUUUUUUCUAGUUAUUGAAACUAUAAUUUGCGUAGUCCACAUGUGACAUGUUUUUGGCUUUACAAGAAUUAAAUUCACAAGAUCUUCUAAAGAAACAAGACUGAGGACAAAAGACCGACACACAAAACUCAGUGUAGAGAGGGAGAGAGAGAGAGACGGAAAGAGAGAGACACAGACUGAGAGAAAAAGGGACAUGCACAUACAGACCAAUAGAGAAACGCACAUUGGCCGAGAGAGAGAGAGAGAGAGACAUGCACAGACCCGAUAAAGAGAAAGACAGUGACACACUUAGACCCAGUAUUGGGGGGAUGGCGGGAGGGGAAAGGAGGACAGGAACAUAAGGACCAAGACACACACACCAAGAAGCAGAAAUUGAGACAAAACAUGCAGACUGAGAAAGAGGGAGAAACACACACAGACUGAGAGAAAGACAAACAAAAUUAGAUGCACAGACCAAAGGAACAAUACUGGGGCAAAGUUUGACCGAGAUACAAACACAUAUGCAGACUGAGAGACAAAGAUGGAGACACACGCACAGAUCAAGAGGGAAAGGUGGAGAGAAGCAUUGACCAAGAGAGAGAGAGACAAUGACAAACAUACAGACCACGAGGGUUCGGCAGAGAGACACAUACAAAGUGAGAGAGGAAUAUGAAGCCACAUGCAUUCUGAGAGAGAGUGAGACACAUGCAGACUGUGAAAGUAAACCAAAAACAGCCAGUCAUCUCCCGACCUGAUGUCUUUAUCUUGGCCUCCCAUAGUGUCCCAAUGAAGCUCGUUGUGAAUUUGAGGAACAGCACUUCAUCUUCUUGUUAGACAGUUCACC